UUUUUUCUCGUGAAACAUCCAAUAAUCCAAGAUGGCGCAGCAGAAAAUGGAAGUGGAUGGUCUAAACAAUGUUAGCCAUGAAGGGAUCAAACAGUAUUAUGUUGGGAAAAUUGAAGAAUUACAGCAAACUGUUACAGAAAAAACACAGAAUUUAAGAAGAUUAGAAGCACAAAGAAAUGAACUCAAUGCAAAAGUGCGAAUGUUACGUGAAGAACUUCAGCUUCUCCAGGAACAAGGCUCAUAUGUUGGAGAGGUAGUCAAGGCAAUGGACAAAAAGAAAGUUCUAGUAAAAGUCCAUCCAGAAGGCAAGUUUGUGGUUGACUUGGACAAGAACAUAGACAUCAAUGAUGUCACUCCUAAUCUCAGAGUGGCCCUAAGGAAUGACAGCUACACACUGCACAAAAUACUGCCAAAUAAAGUAGAUCCAUUAGUGAGCCUUAUGAUGGUGGAAAAAGUCCCAGACUCCACUUACGAGAUGGUAGGAGGUCUGGAUAAACAAAUAAAGGAGAUCAAGGAAGUAAUAGAGCUGCCAGUCAAACAUCCUGAACUGUUUGAUGCAUUAGGAAUAGCUCAACCAAAGGGUGUGUUGCUGUAUGGUCCUCCUGGCACUGGGAAGACAUUACUAGCACGUGCCGUAGCUCACCACACAGACUGUACCUUCAUCCGCGUGUCAGGGUCUGAGCUGGUCCAGAAGUUUAUUGGUGAAGGGGCCAGGAUGGUGCGAGAACUGUUUGUCAUGGCAAGAGAGCAUGCUCCAUCUAUCAUCUUCAUGGAUGAGGUGGAUUCCAUUGGUUCCACACGUCUUGAGGGCGGGUCAGGAGGGGACAGUGAGGUCCAGAGAACCAUGUUGGAGCUGCUAAAUCAGCUGGAUGGUUUUGAACCAAAGCAAAACAUCAAGGUGAUUAUGGCUACAAACAGAAUUGACAUCCUAGAUUCUGCCUUGUUACGACCAGGGAGGAUAGACAGGAAGAUUGAAUUUCCAGCUCCAAAUGAAGAGGCACGCUGCGACAUUCUAAAGAUCCAUUCCCGCAAGAUGAACCUGACCCGAGGCAUCAACCUUCGUAAGAUAGCGGAGAUGAUGCCUGGUGCCUCAGGGGCGGAGGUGAAAGGGGUGUGUACAGAGGCAGGCAUGUAUGCUCUCAGAGAGAGGAGAGUCCAUGUGACACAGGAAGACUUUGAGUUGGCUGUAGCCAAGGUCAUGCAGAAAGAUUCUGAAAAGAAUAUGUCCAUUAAGAAACUCUGGAAGUAAAGAAGAGACGGAAAAUGAGAUGCCUAAGUUGUACAACAGCAACAGAAUAGUAAAGAACGUCUGUGAAGAUUUCCAAUUUACAAGCAGACUUGUACAGUCCGUUUUACUUCUUCAGGAUUCAUUGUAAAAACCUCCACUGUGUUCACGUCUGUGCAGAGGGCAGUGUGGGUCUAGUUGGACAUAUAGAGGAGGGCUGUUCAUGCAUACAUUAAUGCUGUACAACUAGACGGGACUUUGGAUAGGAUAGCAGCAGGUUUUGUAAUACUGUCAACAAGGGGCAUACAAGGAGGAAAAUAUUUAUGUAAUUUUGUAAGACUUAAUACUGUGUUUUCUGGGUGAAAUCGUAGCAAUUUUGUCAAUCCAAGGGAAGGACUUGUGAGCUAAACAACUGUUGUUUAUAUGAUGCUAAUUGUAAAGAUACAGCACCCAUGAAUAAAAUGUAUAAUUGUAAGGAGA